CCGCUUCUCUUUGCUCCAACAGAGGAAACAGGAACAGGAGUCCUUUGAUCAACUGAGCAGCGCAGCACUCCCCCGGUCACAGGCAACGACCUAUCGAUGUCGUACCAGCUACUUAGUCUAUACUUCGACACGAGACAACCCGAGUGACUCGCUGGGACAGCACCUGGUAGCUAAAACAACAAAAAGUCCGCGCAGAAUCGCCACAUUACUCAGUACCCCCCGUGUCACUUCGGCUUGCGCCGUAUCCAGCCUCCGCCCUUGGUCAUUUAAAGGCCAUCAUUGACAAACCAAUAUCCGAGGGUGCCGACCUCGAGACAACCGGAGGUUACCAAUUAGAGUCUGCUCUUUUGCGCAAGACUGCCCCACGGCAGCACAUCACCAGCAGCCGCCUCAAUCGUAUCUUGGUCGCCAGCAAACGCCCUACCAAACGCCGUAGGGCAGAAGAGUGCCGUCUGACCGCAGGAAUAGUGCGACUUGGCAGGGACCCCGGCUGACGGCGCCAGGCCGAAUUUCCAUAAGCAGUCACCUCCCAGUCCACCAUGCCCGUAACCAAUCGUGGAGGCCUACCCGGCGCCGACUACAAUUACUUGAAAGCCCAACCGCCCUCCUGGGAGUCUGUUCGAACCGGACUGUCUAUUUUUGCCUUGGUCAUCAUUGCACGCUACUGUGUGCAGACGAUCUACCGAUGGCUUAGACCAACCGCGAGGCGCAACACUGCAACUCUUCUCCCCACUAACAACCUGCCGCUCCAGAGACAGUACAAGCCACACCUUGGGCCAAUGGACGAUGAAAAGAACAUUGAAGGGGUCAACGACCAACACGAGGACUUGAGGGCGCCGGCUACCACCACCACGACAACGACGACGACGAACACGACGGCCGCCAUGGAUCGGCACCCGCACUGGAGAAGCGCUGGCGGCACCUUGCCAGGACCCUUCAUCUCCCGGCUGCCUCCCGCGCCACCUUUGACUCCGCCGGAGCUGAGCACAGCCGUCUUCACCUUGGACAACGAACGGUCCCCCAGCAGCCAGAGCUUCAUUCACCAGCCCAACCCCGAUUACAUGUCUUCCACGUCCACCACGGCUUUCCAGACAGGCAGCCCAGACUCUGCCUCCAUCCCGCGGCGGCGAUCCUACACUAGGACGCUCCCCAUUAGCGUCUCUGGGUCUCACUCUCCUCAAGCGCAGUCGCCCGAGGCUGAAUCCGUGGAUCCAACCUUUUCGCCGAGUUCCUACCCACCGUCGGCCGGGUUGCUGCCGCCUGCGCCUCCCUCAGGUCUUGGCUCCGAGCUGGAUGAUCACGCCCAUCGAAACGUCGACGUCCAAGGCGAGAUUCUCUCGGUUCUCGAUCGCGACGGAGCUGGCUGGACUCGCCAUACACGUGUCUACGGUGGCGGAGCCUGUCUAGCGUGCGCUGCCAGCGGCGGUGGUUUCUACGGUGCUACUGUGACUCCAGAGGAGAUGCGGUGAUGGGCACGAGAGUGAGAAGGGAGAAAGAAAGCCCAGCCAUUUCAAAAGGGGGAGGGGCGUGUGUGCGUGUGCGUGUGCGCGCGCAACAUCUGAUGCCUCAGCCGGACCAACCCGGACCUCGCUAAUCAUUUCUCUGUUUCUCUCUGUUGUCCUUCCUUUUUUUUUCCCACCCCUUCUGUUCUCUCUUUUCUGAGAAAGCAGCGCUUGCAAGGGGGAGGAGCGGAUUGCUGCAUUAUCUUAUGCAUGAAACUAAGUCGGGAGGCGCAGGAUGCUUGUUUUAUCCCUUUGCUCUUUUUUUCCUUGUCCCGAUUUCACUUUUGUUUUCUUCACAUGGGGUGGCGCCUCGUUACAUCUCCUUGUUUCAACCUUGUUUCCCCCAGCUCCCCUUUUUUCCUCUUUUGCUCUUUCAGCUUUUCCCCCACCAGCUUACUUUGACUUGUUUUCGGUUAGAUGGCUGCUCAUUGUCACUGUCCUGAUUGCAUGCUCUUGAUCCCCUCCCCCUGGUAUUUAUUUAUUCUCAUUCAAAAGCACUUUUUAAGCUGCACUGUAAUAUGGAGUCAGUUCUGUUUUAUUGGAAUGUAAAAAAAGAAGGGUUGUGAUUGGGCCCUUGACGUUUUCCCCUUUCCUCCUGUUUCUCCUCCUCCUGGUCUACAGCUUAUUAGGUUAUGAAUAUUACGACGAUAUGAUGACUCUAUUUCUUUCUAAGACUCUUUUUCUUUCCUCUUAGCUUGCUAAAUAUUUGAAUAAAAGAAUCCUGUCAGAAAAUUC